AGCACUUCGAAACUGGUGGGCCAAGCUGCCGGCCAACAAGCGGGAGGUCUUCCUGGAGUUCAUUCGGCGGCACCGGCUGAAGCUGCUGGCCGGCGUCGGCCUGGUGCUCGCCUCCUUCGCCUACUACUACUUCUCGCACAUCCAGGAGACGCCGAUCACCAAGCGGCGCCGCUUCAUCGCCUUCACCCCUGAGCAAUUUGAGGUGCUGAACAAGCUGGAGUUCGACCAGCAGAUUGAGACGUACAAGAGCAAGCUGCUGCCGACGGAGCACGCGGACACGCAGCGGGUGGGCCGCGUCGUCCGCCAGCUGCUGGCCGGCAAUGAGGACAUCGAACAGAUCAAGCGGCACGACUGGUCGGUGUCGGUGAUCAACGACGAGUCGGUGAUGAACGCCUUCGUCAUGCCCAGCGGCAACAUCUUCGUCUUCAGCGGGCUGCUGAAGAUGGUCGACAAUGACGACCAGCUGGGCAUGAUUCUGGCGCAUGAGAUAUCGCACGCUAUUCUAGGUCAUGGGCUGGAGAAUAUCAGCCACCAGCACAUCGUGGACAUUGUCUUCAUCAGCCUGCUCGGCUUCCUCUGGAUGUUCCUUCCCUCGGACCUGAUCGCCGCCAUCGGCACCGCCUUCUCCCGCUUCAUCCUCGGCAUCAGCUUCAUGACGCCCUACUCGAAGAUGCUCGAGACGGAGGCGGACGAGGUCGGCCUGAUGCUCGCAGCGAAGGCCUGCUUUGACGUGCGCGAGGCGAGCGCCUUCUGGCACAAGAUGGCCAUCAUCAGCGGCGCCGAUCCGGUGCACCAGCUGCAGUCGAGUGUGGAGUUCCUAGCGACGCAUCCCUCUCACGAGAAGCGCUCCGAGCACCUCGACGGGCUGCUGGCGGAGGCGCUCAAAUGUCGCGAUGGCUGCCACUGCUCGGCGCUGCCCAAGGAGGACCCGAGGGAGAGGGUGCAGCGGAUGCGCGACCAGAUCAUUCGCCUCAACAAGGACAAGAACAUCGAGGGCGUCCUCAAGAUUUGA